AUGACACUGCGCGCGGCAGUGGUCGUGUCCUGCUUGAGCUGGCCACUUUGGGCUGCAGCAAAGCUCUCAGACAGCGUGGAAGCAUUAAGUGUCAACAGAGGUGGUGCAGAAGGAGAAUUGGGCCGUAGCUCUGAAGCUUGUGAGCAGAACAUCCAGCAGAGCUUGCUGCAGCAUUCUACAUUGGUCUCGAAGGACAAGAAACACCAGGUUAUUGCUGAUCCAUUGGAGGGGGUUUGUGACACAGUGGAGACUCCUCCUCAGUCACCUUACGCUGAUGAGAUCAACAACAACUAUUUCUAUGCCAUUGCCUUCACCAACGACACGUUGACGAACCCUUAUUCAUACAAAUGGGUGGAGAGGUACAACUACAG